AUGACAUUUUCCGAAGACGAAGACGAAUAUCUAGCUCAGUUUCUUGAAUCAGAAGUCCUCUCCGAGGCAUCUGACAAGGAAGAGGAGAAUGUGGAGGAACCAAAAGUAAAGAGAAAAUGCAUAGAAGAGGCUGAGAGUACUAAGCAGGGUACCAAACAGUGUUCUGGUUCAUCAUCUGUGCCUAAGAACUAUGGUGUCAGUAAUGCCGUGCUGCUGAGAAGGAUUGAGACUGGUUCUUUCAGCAAAGUCCCACCAGAACUUUUCCAUCACAUCCUUAAAUUUCUGUCAUCUGAGGACCUUAUUUCUUGUACCUUAGUCUGUAAGUUUCUAAGUUAUGCUGCAUCUGAUGAAGCAUUGUGGCGUCGCCUGUAUUGUAUGCGGUGGGGCCUAAUUCCCCCCACGAGGAAGAUAAGGGACUGCCCAUGGAAAAAGCUAUACAUUCAGCGUGAUGAAAAGGACAUGGAUGAACUUGUCAGAAGCUGCCAAAAUGAAUUUAAGGAGUACUAUAUUCAAAUGCAAACAGCUAAGAGAAGUCAAGCACCUCAUCCUUCACAGUUGAAGGAUGAUAGCAUAAUUCUUGAUAAAACAUUAGCUGAUCAAGUCUCAUCAUGGAAAAGCAGCAGGGGCCUCGGUGAUACAGUGGUGAUUGACCAUGCUUGUUCUGGGAAGGCAUGCUCAUACUACCAAAUUGGAGAUGUAUUUAUUUGUGAGAAGACCGGACAAGUUCAUGUUUGUGAUGAAACAUGUAAAGAAGUACUUAUGGAUCCCGCCGACGGGCUUUUGGUCUGUACAAUAUCAGGGCACUGUUUUGAUAGAUUAUUAUCGCCAUCUGAAAUGGAGUCCGAUUCUGAGCAGCAACAAGGUGUUGCAGCAGAUGAGGAAGAACCAUUUAUGGGAUCCGGCCGUUUCGCACGAGCUUAUUUGCUGGGAUACAAUUGUGCUGAUGAAAAGGAGCUUGAAGAUACUUUGAGGUAUUGCUGA